GCAAAGUGUCUAAGAACAGCCCUUUUCUUUGGGGAUUUCCAAGAAGAAAAAGAAAAAACUUUGGCUCCCUUUUGAUUUUCCUGGGUUUUCCCAUUUUUUUGCUCUGUUUCUGACUUUUUUUCUUUUACCUUUUGGGUGUUUGUAGCUUCAAUCUCACGCUCGCACACUUCUACCCUCCUUUUCCUUUCCGAGUCCAACUUUCCUGAUAAAUUUCUCGUCCUUUAAUGCCUUUUUAAACAUGGUUUCAAAACCCCAUUAAUGGUGCGUUUCACUUCGUUUCAGGGCUUCCUUUAACGUCUUCUUUUACCUUUCUUUAUUCCUUCUACUGACCCCAUUUUCGUAUUCCAUCCCUCCUCCCUUCGCUUUCAAUCACUGAAUAUGGGUUUCGACUCUGUUUUUGGCCGACCCAUUAAAUAUACAGAGCAUCUGAACCUUGUUAAGCUCACUUCAGUGCCGGAAACCAGGCAGAGGGUUGUACGGAUUUCUGUUUCCGACGGUGAUGCCACUGAUUCCUCCAGCGAUGAUGAGCCUGAAAUGUUUGGUCGUCAAAGAGUCAAGAAGUUUGUUAAUGAAAUUACGAUUGAACCGUCUUGUUCUGGUGAAGGAAAUGGAAUCUGGGGUGGGAACAGAUCGGAGAGGAUUGGACUGAGACGGUCGCCGGGGAAAUGUGGGGUUUCGAGGAAUCGACGGUCUGUGAAGCCGCCCAUUGGGAAGAAGUUCCGCGGCGUGAGACAGAGGCCGUGGGGAAAAUGGGCGGCGGAAAUCAGAGACCCACUUCGCCGUGUACGCCUCUGGUUGGGAACUUACGACACGGCUGAGGAAGCUGCUAUGGUUUACGACAACGCCGCCAUUCAACUCCGGGGACCAGAUGCACUUACUAAUUUCACUACCCAACCGCCGAAAUCAUCCGCCGGCUACAACUCCGGCGAGGAAUCGAACAACAACAUUUCCUCUCCAACCUCUGUCCUCCGAUGUCCUUCUCCGGCCAUUGAAGAAAUCCAUCCGCAAAUCCCCGGCGAGCCCGACAACUCUUGUAUGUCGGAAAAUCUCUCGUCGGAAUUCUCGAGCUGCUCCGACACCUUCAUUCCCGACGACAUUUUCACCUUCGAAACUACGAUUCCAACUUUAUUCGACGAGUUAGGCGACGGUUCCUUCAACGACUUCUUCAGUGACGGCGGUUCCUUCAACGGCGUGUUUCACAGUCCGGUCGAAGAAAUCGGAUCCGGGCUCGUGUUAGAAUACCCGACUCCUCCUCCUGACGACUUCUUUCAAGACUUCAGCGAUGUGUUCGGGUCGGAUCCUCUCGUCGUCCUUUGAAGCUUUCCCGCCGCCGUCCAAUCUGUUUAUCGGCAAAGUUUUGCUCCGGCCGGGAUGAAACGGUGUCGUAUUUUGUUUUCUUUAUUAUUUUGUAAUCGUAUUCGUAUUU